UAAAAAUGUAUAACAAAACUGCAAUUUUAUGUAUAUUAUUAUUCACGUGAUCGCAAAACCUGCAUAUAAAAUAUCUGAAAAAAAUUGAAUUCAACAACGACGAAGAAAGGUGAAAAACGAUACUAACGGGAAGGCAUUAACGAUUCAUCGAUAUCAUUCAUCAAUCAAUAAAGUCUGAUAAGAGUCAUGGCUGAACCUGUUGAUAUUUCCUUCUAUAUUGGGGAACAGGCAGCUGAAGCGAUCAAUCUUUUGGAAAUUCCAGUGGAAAGUGGAUCUCAGAUUGUUACCCUUAACUUACCUGAAGAUUUAACCGAAGAUAUCAAUGAUGUUACUACCUUUUUAGCAGGUGAAAAGACAGCAAAGAAGUAUUGGAUCAGUUUAGCUGCAGCCUGUGUCAAAGCAAGUAGAUUGGAUGAUGCUUUGAAAGUUAUCGAACAAGCACAAAAAUUGGAAUAUUUUAGUGAUGAAGAUAGAAAAUCAUUUCAAGCCUUUUCAACUUGGUUAUACUUUAAAUAUGUAUCAAGUGGUAUUGAUAAAGAAAAUAACUUAAUCAAUGCUGGAAAUGCCAUUAGUAAUCUUGCUCAAAGAAUAAAAACUGAUAAAUCAACAGCUACUUCAAAUAGUACAUCAAAUUUAUUAGCUCAAGCAGUUUUAUUACAAUUUAGUAAUAGAGAAGAAGAAGCAUCAGACAUCUUUGAAAGAAUCCUAAGAAUAGAUCAAAAUAAUUGUUUUGCAUUACUUGGAAAAGCCCAAAUCAUCUUAUCUAAAUCCAAAAAUUAUAGUCAAGCUUUAAAGAUAUUUCAACAAGUUUUAAUUUUAAAUCCUUUAAUGAAACCAGAUCCAAGAAUUGGUAUUGGUUUAUGUUUCUGGUUAUUGAAAGAUGAAGGUAUGGCAAUCAAAUCAUGGGAAAGAGCAUUAGAAUUUGAUUCAUCCAACUUAAAAGCAAAGAUUUUAUUAAACUUGGCUAAGUUUCAUAAAUGUUUUAAUAAUUCAUUAAGUGAUGAAGAAUUUUUACAAAAUUAUAAAACUUGUUUAACAGAAUUAUCUCAAAACUAUAAACAACUUCCAAACGAUGCAGUCAUCUUAUUAGCAUUAGUGUCAUAUUACUUCUCAAAGGGAGAUCUUGAAGUAUCUGAAAACCUUGUUAAGAAAGCUAUAAAAUCAAUCACUGGUGAUGAAAAUGCUAUCAAAUUUAAUACUUUCAAUAGAGUUUCCAAGUAUCAAUCAAAUGUCUUAUCACAAUGUGCUACCUGGUACGGAAGAAUUUCAUUUGAAAAGUCUGAUUUCACUCAAGCUUCAAAGUUUUUCCAAGAAGCUAUUAAAUUAAAUGAAUCUAACUUGGUUGCUAAAUUAGGUUUAGGUCAAUCUCAAUAUAAUCGUGGAUCAAUUGAAGAAGCUGUCAUGACUUACGAAUCCAUUUUAAGAAGUAAUAUGGAUUGUUUAGAAGUUAAUUAUUCAUUAGGUAUACUUUAUUCAAGACAAAAGUCUAAAAGAAAGCAAGAACAAGCUAUCCAAAUCUUGGAAAGAUAUUUAAGAUUAUCAGACAAUCGUGGAUUAUCAUCAACUAGUCAAGAUAAGAAACUAGCCUCCUUGAAUAAAGAGCCAGUGGCUUUGAAUGCUUACUUAGUAUUAAGUAAGUUAUACGAAUCAAAAGAUGUGAAUCAAUCAUUACAAUAUUUACAAAAAGCGAUUGAAAUAAGAAAAUUAAUAAAUAAGGACGUACCUUUAGAAGUUUACAAUAAUAUUGGUGUUUUCAAUUUCGCAAGACAGAAUUAUGAAGUGGCGGCUACCAAUUUCCAAGCUGCUUUAGAUAAUUUAGAAUCCACAGAAGAAGAUUUCAAAUCUGCUGAUGGUGAUGUUUUACCUGAUUUAAAGAGUGAUUUAAAAAUUACCCUAAGUUAUAAUUUAGCUAGAUCAAGUGAAGUUUCUAAUCAAGAUGAAGCCAUUCAAGCUUAUGAAAAGCUUUUACAAGAAUGUCCACAUUACUUCUCAGCCAAAAUCAGAGUAUUAUUCUUGAAUUGUAUUUCAGGUGAUAAGUAUACUAAAGAAGAAAUUAAAACUGAAAUUGAUAACUUAUUGGAAGUAAGUGCUUCUGAUUUAGAAAUCAGAUCAUUUUAUGGUUGGUUUGUUAAAAGUUUUGGUAAGAAGGUUGGUUUGAAACCUGAAGCUGACACUAAUCAUCAAAAAGAUACUUUAGUUAAAUACGAUUCUCAUGAUUCUUAUGCCUUAUUGUCAUUAGCCAAUAUCUAUUGUAUCAUGGCCAGAGAUGCUAAAUCCAAUCAAACUAGUGAUGAUAAAAAGAAAAAAUAUUAUGUUAGAGCUAUUGAAUUAUUUGCUAAAGUUUUAUCGGUUGAUCCUAAGAACGUAUAUGCAGCUCAAGGUUUAGCAAUUACAUACAUUGAAAAUAAGGAACCCGAAAAAGGUUUAGAAAUCUUAAGAAAAAUAAGAGAUUCAUUAACUGAUAUUUCAAUUUAUUUAAACUUGGGUCAUGCUUUGAUUGAAACCAAAGACUUUGGUAAAGCUAUAGAGAGUUAUGAAAUUGCUCUUGGUAAAUUCACUAAUGGAAAAGAUACCAGAAUCCUUUCCUUUUUAGGUAGAGCAUGGUAUUUAAGAGGUAAUGCUGAAAAGAACCUUUCAUACUUUAAAAAGGCUUAUGAAUAUAGUAAAGAAGUUUUAGAAAUCUCAGCUAAUAAGAAUUCUUCAUUCAAAUUCAAUUUAGCUUAUGUUCAAUUCCAAAUUGCUGAGUUUAUAACGAAAUUACCAAUUUCAAAAAGAAAGGUUGAUGAAAUUGAAGAUGCCAUUAUUGGUUUGAAAGAAGCUAUUGAAACUUUGAAUUCUUUAGCUUCAGAAGAAGAAAAGUAUGCUCCUUAUCCUAAGCCUGAUUUGAAAGCAAGAGCAAACUUAGGUACCACUACCUUAUUAAAUAGAUUAAAUGCUGCUCUUGAAGAGACAAUUGAUAGUAUAGCUGAAAUUGAUGAAAAAUUAGAAGAAGCUAAGAAAGUAAGAAAAGAAGCAGAAGAUGCUAGAUUAAAAGAAGAACAAGAACGAUUAGAAAUUGUGAAAAAGAAAGAAGAAGAAUUAGCUAAGGAAAGAGCAAUUUUACAAGAGCAAGCACAACAAUGGGCUGAAGAAUCAAGAAUGAAUGUCAUAGUGAAUGAAGAUGAUGAUGAUAAAUUAUUCAAUGAGGAAUCAGCCGCUAAAGGUGAAAAGAAAAGAGGAAGUAGAGGAGGUAAAAAGGAAGGAAAAGGUAAGAGAAGAGGUAAAAAGAAGGUCAUUGAAGAUAGUGAGGAUGAAGCUUCAGCUACUGAUUCCGAUAUCGAAACUAACGGUAAGAGAAAGAUUAAGGACGAUGAUGAAGAUGAAGUUGUUGGACCUUCAUCUAAAAGAAAGAAGAAGGCAUUAUCUAAAGAAUUUAUAGAGGAUAGUGAUGACGAAUUAGAUGAUGACUUAUUCGACGAGAAGAACGAUGAAGAAAGUUCUCAAGAACAUGAAGUUGAUGCAGAUCCUGCUGAAGACGAAAAAUGAAACCAAAGGUGAACAUUCUUACAUUAUGUACAUAUAUCAAUGUAUUUUCUAUAUUAGUAUUUUAAUUUAAUAUUAUUUUG